AUGGACGGCGAGGUAAAGUAGCAUAAUUUCUUAUUUUUCUACGUUUUUAUUACUUCUAGAAGAUAAAUUAACCAAGAUAAACAUAUUUGUAAUAUAUUUCCUUUAUUUAAAAGCACUUUUUUCACUUGUAUAUACCAGUUUUUCGCAGACAUUCUGUGUCUUGAACUGUCCUCUUUGACUUUGGAGUUCGCAAGAUUAUAGUUUUUUUUUCUGUCACUAUGAACUAUUUAAUACUUGUUUUUUUCCACAGGCGGUAGAAAAAGCACUAGAAGAAUCAGGGGUUAGACAGGAAACUGUCAGCUUAUUAAGGGACGAAGAAGUAAAUGUUAAAACAAUACAAAAGUUAUUGGCUUUGAGUAUGUUGAUAGCCAAAAAAGCUGUUUUUUAAUCAUACUAUCUGUCUCCUAUGUAGUUACUUGAUGAAAAAUGUUUGCGCCGUUCAAUGUCGGAUAUCCUCAGAAGCUUGGGGCUUAAAGGCGGCCAAAUUCUGGCCAUAAAGAAUGCCUUUCCAUCCAAUGAAAAGGUGAAUAAAACAGAUUUUUUAUCAGAAAAUACUCAAAUAUCAAUACAGAUUUAGUACAUGCAUUGAAGAGUGGAAAAAAUUAUGCAAACACCCACGCUAACACCGCCAGUAGUUUUAGCAGUAGCUUGAAUUCAUUCUAUAUAUUUCAGACCUGAGCCAUAUAAUAAAUAAGACAUACAAACAUGCAGCAACUAUAGUUUCGGAUGAAGCAUUGGUGGACGUAGUAAUUUUUAAAAAAUCGAUGUGAAAAUAAUAAAGAAUUGCCAGUUUCAAUGACAAAAUAUUUAACUUCCAAAACGUCUGUUGUCCAUAUGAUCUUGAAUUUGGUACAAACUAUAAGACUACUUACGUUGCGUUGAUAAAACGUUUUGAAAUAUUUUUGACUAAAUCUUUAUCUAUAAGCAUAUAAACGUCGUGUUUGAAAUAAAACCAUUUGAAACCAUGCAUUUUUUUCGCUAAAAAAUAUAUUAAAUAGACAUAUUAGAUUACUUAUUUAUUACAUAGACGUAUUUCACAAAUCAUGAACCUGUGGAUCUAAUGGUUUACCACGGCAAUUGUUCAUGUCUGAUCUACAGUACACGCUAAGUUCCAAGUGAUUUUAUUCAUGCAGUAAUCUUCCAAUGUGUAAAAUUGCUGUGCCACAAGCUGCAUGGCAUCACAGGUUUUACCAACCCAGGUCAACAGCCUUUGAAGGUAUAUAAUAAUAGUCUCAAGUCUCAAUUAUAUUUUUUGUCAAUUUUCAUAGGAUACCAGUAUACAAACUCCUACCAUCGAAGAGAAGAGUGAGAAAACUGAACUGCUAUUACAAAAAAAGGUAUUGUUCUGUUGGCUUUCUUAUGCACCACUCAUUUAAAUUGACUCCUCUGCCGACUAAUAAAUAAAUUUUAUACCUGUUUUUAACGCACUAGGAAACAGCAAUUAGUAAAUCAUCAUUUGUAAAAACAGAUAUAAGAAAUUCAGCUAAAGAUUGGGUGCACAGCUAUGUAUUACCAAACAUAAAAUCAGUAAGUACAUGACUUGAAUUGUAUGUUAAAAAAAUAAUAUUAUAAAGAAAAAAAAAAUGUUAUAAAGCUUCUUUGCACUUGAGCUUGCGUGGUUAACUUGAAUUCAGAGCCAAAUUAAUGCUGGAUUCGCUUUUUUGUCUAGUUUUCCCCUAGGGUACAGGAAGCAAUCCGCAGUCAAAAAAUGCUGGACAACGUGAGAAACGAGUUUCUCAGAGACGUAUGUGAUUCUAUAAGGCAACAAACACUCUUUCCCACCAAACUAGAAAGAGAAACUGUUGCUCUUAAAAUUGUUGGGGAAUACCCAUUUAUCAAGGAUGCAAUUGGAAGUGGGAUUGUAAGUAGCAAAGAUUAAUAUUUAGCAUAAUUAGGUAUACCAGUCAACUAAGCAUGCUAUAGCUUUUGCCAUCAUGCACAUCCGACCGGACACAAACUGGAAACAACACAAUUACACUGGAGAGGGCAAGACACGACACUUGUUACAAGACAAAUAGGUUUAAAGGUUUUUGAGUCAUCCAUGUCAUAGUUGUUUAUAUUUAGAGCUGCAAUUAUUCUUAGUGUAAUUGAAUAAGUCAUUCCGAGUUGUUUCAAGGUUACAUUAUUGUUAGUUAGUUCCUGUGCAUGAUAGUGUGCUCCAUAGCCGGGUUGAUCGGUUCGAAAGGAUUUAGGUAUGUUGAAGUCUUGCAUUGGGUGUUAGAGAAUGAGAGAUGAGUUUGGCUUAAAUGACCUGUUUUUUUUGCUGCUGGUGUUGGGUAUUGGUAGGACUGGUUUGCAUGCAUGUCACUGUUAAAUACUAUUACCGUACCCCCCCCCCUUCUCUGACAUACUUAAUGAAUGCUCCCUUAUAGGGAUCUAUCGAACAAGCGAUUGCGUUCAGAUUCAAAAAUCUAAGAAAAAACAAACCAGAACAUAAAGAGAAAAGUUCAAGCUCCACCUCAGACAUAUUAACAAAACCAGCUAAGAGACUGAAACUGGCUGGUCCAAAUGCCUUACCUGACAUACCUUCAGGUGAAACAGAAGAUACCUUCAAGGAUCACAUGAAGAGGCUUCAAAAAGAGAUGACCAAAACAAAAGGAAAGAACCAGCAGCUAAUAAAAACUCUGAUGGAUGCUACUUUUGCAAUGCGUCGUCGAGAAAUUGUUCAAAAUGCAGUGUCCAUAAAUGACCUUUUAAAGCGAUUUCCAGCACUAACUCUUACUUCUGAGGUAUAUAGUAACCACAAAAUGUUAAGACCAAUGCUACUUGCAUGCUACUUGCAUGGAAAAUAACUUAAACACACAAUGGACCUUUCCCCUUUUAGACGAACUUUUGAAUCAAGAAAAUUCAUUAGCACAGCUGGAAAGAGCAUCAUAAAUUUAGUGAAACUGUGAAGUUUGGUUACAAAAUAUUGUAAAAUGUGGAAAAUACAGUCAUGUAAAUUUUGCGAAUUUUGUAUACUUUUGUAUUACGCACGAAAAUUAAAAGUGAUAAUAAAAUUUCGAAUGUGAUUAUCACUUUGUCGCGCGUAAUACAAAAGUAUACAAAAUUCGCAAAUUUCACAUGACUGUAUUUUCCACAUUUUACAAUAUUUUGUAACCAAACUUCGCAAUUAUACUAAAUUUAUGAUGCUCUAAUUUCCAACUGUACUAAUAAAUUUUCCUAAUUCAAAAGUUUGUCUAAAAGGGGAAAGCUAGGUCCAUUGACCCACCGUUUCUUUUAUUAGCUUAAGCGAGAAUUUGGUCGAAUAUCACAAGUAAGAUGUAAAGAUGCGAUGGAUAAACUAAGAUCACUGGCACCAAACAUUGUUGAGUAUGGCCAGCAAAUACCAGCAGUGAAAAACCUAAUCUCAAAUCUCUCUACAAUGGAUGAAGAUAGUAAACCAGAAAGUAUGUAUUCUCACAGCAAAAUUAUUUGUAUGCUUUUACUAAUUCCACAAUUAACAUUUCAGUUGUGUCUAAUAUAUUCUACACGUACAGAUUAAACACCAGACGAUCUUAUUUAUCAUUAGGUAGAACUCCUGGAAGUUCAGGGGUGAACACAGAUUAAAAUUCAGGAUCCUUUAAGUAGCCUAUACUGCUUUCAUUUAGCCUAAUAUAAACUUCCAGGGGUUCUCACUUGACGAUUAACAAAGCUUGGUUUUUUGCCGAUGCUCAACGGGCCAUUCAAUUGAAUAACAACACAUCACCUGGUCACAGAAUGGACAAUAAUAGCAGAAGAAUCACUUUUGUCGCAACCUUUGAUAUUUUUGUCCUCAAAAAUGUAACUCGCUGACGCCAAAGCCCUAAGGCUUCGAUAGGUACAAAGUACUGGUUGUACUACCCAGGAUGGUGAAGGAUGCCGUGAAUUUAACUUGCUGACGUCAAUUUACGCCAUCCUGGCUAGUACAAUCGGAGGUUUUGAUAGGUAAAAAGUGCCAGUUGUACUUGCCAGGAUGGCGUAAAUUGGCGUCAGCAAUCACCAUUGAACUAUAAAUAAACUGGAAGGCUAACUCCUAUGAUGAAGGCCUAUGAUUGGUUGAAGCCCAGUAAACCCGCGCGCGGGAAAAUCAAAUUUCAAAAGGACUAAGGAGAGUUUCGAGGAGUGAAAAAGUUUCGGUCAAAAGUUUGUUUUCGAGCAGAAAUGUGCAAGAAAAACACUUUUUCCAUGGGAAUACAACGAUAAUUAGAUUUCAAACCAGGUUUUCCGAUUAGUUCCAACUGUUUUACAUCUCUCUGCAGCAAAAAGUAAGGAGUUUUGCUUUUGUACUAUAAAAAAAUUAAGAAAGUUUGGACGUGUCGAAAGAAAACUCGUUCUUCAACUCAAAAAAAAUAUACUAUAAAACAUUUUGACAGUCCCAAAAAUUAUGCUGUACUAAACCCCAGGUAUUGUUAUUGAUCCUAAGGUUUUAGUCCUGGUUUUAUUCCUUCUAAAACAUAAAUAAAUUGGCGAAAAACCAACCUAAAACGCGCGGGUUUUCUGACCGUUUAUGCUUAUGAUCGUGUUUUCUCGUAUUUUUUUGCUAAUUCGUGAUUUGUUUGAUUUGCGAAUAUUAAAUUUGUUUAUCAUACUACUGAUAUAAAUUUAAUUUGGUGGUGUAACUAAUAUUUUGGGGCAAGAUUUUUCUGAUAAAAAAUGUGCAUAUUUUGAGAAAAAAAAAAAAAAAGACUGGGGCUACCUGCAAAGUAAACAAAAAGUUUUCUUCAAUCCCCCCCCCCUGACUUAUCGUUCCAGAUUAUAUAGAGUUCUCUGGCAAUCACGCGUGCGCGUUGAGAAAUCGCGAACUGAGUUUUGCUGAAGUGAGACUUCUGCAUGGUAUUACUUAAUUGUGUGACCUGGUGGAGGACAAUGUCUUAGGGGUCUUUUAAAUCACAUUUCUGAGAGGGGGUAGGUGUGUAUAUUAUUAGGUACAGCCUUAAGAAUUAUACUGUAGAAUUUUUCAAAAAUACCAAAUGAUACGUACCGGUUUAGAGUAGACAUUAGAUGGAAAUUAAUGAGCGUGGGUUAAGCUUAUUGUCCCUAUUGGAACCAUGUUGGUUAUUUGAGCAGCAGGUAGUACCCCAAUUCCCCAAUAUUUUAGUAAAUACUGAAUUCAAGCUGAUUUUAAACAAUUUUAGAUUUAAAUGAAACUAUUGCUAUACUGGUGCUGGCCAGGGUGCUAAAAGAUAAAAGAGAUGACAUGUUUCUCAAGGUUGUUGAUGUAAGUUUUCAGACCUGGAUGUUAUUGGCAUAAAUUUUGUUCCAAUAGUAAUUGGCUUGGUAUGCCCAAUGAGGUUGAUCCAAAAUGAAUAUUAUCAAGUGAUAAUUAUAUCUGCGCGUCAUGUGUUGCAAUUUUGAUUUCAGACUUGAUGAACAUUGAAUAAAUUCUGGGGUCCGAUGAACACAGGAAUUGUGGCUCCAAAUUACAAUAAAAAAGAGUUUUGAGUGUUUAAUCUUUUACAUGCAAAAUACAUAAUAGGCAAUAUUUUUUCAACUUUAGGAAAAUGAUGACAUCGACAAAGUCAUUGCAGAAACAACCGCACCAAGAAUUGUCGCUGGGGAAAAUCGGCCUUUACCAGAUCCAAUAUAUAUUGUAAUGGAUG